GGGGAGAGACCCUACAGCUGCAGCGACUGUGGGAAGAGCUUCAAGCACAUGUCAGCCUUGAACCGUCACCAACGAACCCACAACGGGGAGAGACCCUACAGAUGUGACGAGUGUGGGAAGAGCUUCGUGCACAGCUCAGCCCUCAACCGCCACAAACACACCCACACCAAGGAGCAACCCUAUAAAUGUGGUGAGUGUGGGAAAAGCUUCACUUGGAACUCAGAUCUUCUUGUCCAUCAACGGAUCCACACCGGGGAGCAACCUUAUAAGUGUAACGAGUGUGGGAAGAGUUAUCGAUACACCUCGUCGUUGAUGAGGCACCAACGUGUUCACACCAGAGAGAAACCCUACAAGUGUGAGGAGUGUGAGAAGUGUUUCCGUUACAACUGCUCCCUCAUCAAACACAGAUACACCCACCUUGGGGAGAAACCCCAUAAAUGCCACCAUUGUGGCAAGAGUUUCAUGUUAAACUCCGAACUUCUCACCCACCAACGUGUCCACGCUGGUGAACGACCUUAUAAAUGUGGUGAGUGUGAGAAGAGCUUUAGUUGUAGGUCAUCCCUCACCAGGCACCACCGGACCCAUAACAGACAAAAACCCCAUCGAUGUGAUGAUUGUGGGAAGAGUUUCGUGUGGAACUCAGAACUUGUCACCCAUCAACGUAUCCACACUGGUGAACGACCCUACGAGUGCAGCGAUUGUGGGAAGAGCUUCAAGAUGAGCUCAGCUCUGCUCCGUCACCAGAACAUCCACACUGGGGAGAUGCCCUAUAAAUGUAACGACUGUGGGAAGAGAUUCAGGCAAAAUUCAGCUUUAAUCUGCCACCGACGGAUCCACACCGGGGAGAGACCUUAUAUAUGUGGAGAUUGUGGGAAGAACUUCAGGUUGAGCUUGACCUUGAUCCGUCACCGACGGAUCCACACUGGGGAGAGACCCUACAAGUGCAUCCAGUGUGGGAAGAGCUUUAGGAAGAGUUCAGCCCUUGUUGCCCAUCAACGUAUCCACACCGGGGAGAGACCUUAUAAAUGUACCCACUGUGGGAAGAGCUUCAUUGUCAACUCAAAGCUCAUGAAACACCAACGGAUCCACCUGAGAUAG